CAACGCCGUCAGGUCUAUGGACGCCAUAAAUGCCGGCAGCUGUUUCCCACAAGCUGCAGCGGUCGGCACUCUGUAAAAUUCCCCAUCCCGCUCCGAUCUUACUGCAAACCCUACCCUUCCUGAGCCACCAUGUCCGCCUCAUCGUCCUCCUCUCUCCCAGUUCCGCCGAUUUCCCUCUUGAUCUCAUUCGGUGUCCCUUCUGUGGCGUGGAUCUGGAAACCAAUGUGGCAAGGACCGGGAGCAGGGCGGGCCAGAGGUUCUACAAGUGUGUCCGCUACGAUGCUCGCGAGUGUAGGUUCUUCGAGUUCCAGAAGGCAUACGUCAGGAGGAUGACCACCUACCAGAUCGCCCGUGCUCAACAGCAGGCGGGGGUGCUCCACCUCCAGAUGCACGCACACCCUGCAGGCAACAUGGCUCAUCCUGCAAACCAGGCUCCGCUCCAGGCGAAUCAGGGUCAGAAUCAGCAACCUGCGGCGCCGGAGGCAGUUCUGCUGAACCAGAUCUUCAGACCUGUCGCUGCUUCUGCUUCCGGUUCUCACGCGCUGGGGGCAGAAGCUUUCAUCCUUGCCGCUAGCAACAUCAUGCUCACGCUGCUUGUUCUGCUGUUCGUUGUGGCCAUCUAUUUUGGCGGCGGCAACUAGUUCGUUAUUAGUAUGACCUACUUAGACAAUUCAGGAAGGGUGGCUCCCUCGGCAUGUAAGCCUGUUUCCAUGAUGUUGUAGUGUGCGUGUGAUGCUUGGGCCGCCGAGUUCGUUGUUGCUAAGUGUCAGUCAGUCCUCUUCUAGUCAUUAUUAGGCAUAGUAUGGUUUGUGUUCAAGGGUGGCUCCCUUUACCUCUAAGCCUAUUUACCACAGUAUGUAAUUCGUACUGUAAUGUAAUGCACUCUUUGGAACUAAUGAAACUUGGCUAUGUUAGUUAAUCA